AUGGCCGCCAAGAUCUUUGAGUUCAUGGGCAGGUUUGGCUUGGGCCUGGUGGUGGCCGGCGGAGUGGUCAACUGGGCCCUUUAUAAUGUGGACGCAGGCCACAGAGCGGUAAUCUUUGAUCGAUUCCGGGGCAUCCAGGACGUGGUGGUGGGAGAAGGCACCCAUUUCCUCAUCCCUUGGGUGCAGAAACCCAUUGUGUUUGAUUGCCGCUCUCGCCCACGCAACAUCCCCGUAACCACCGGAAGCAAAGACCUCCAGAACGUGGACGUCACACUCCGCUUGUUGUUCAGACCAGCCAUAUUACGGCUCCCCCAGAUUUACACAACCCUUGGAGAGGACUACGACGAGCGAGUGUUGCCUUCCAUUGCGACGGAGACCCUCAAGUCUGUUGUGGCCCGUUUCGAUGCUGGGGAGUUGAUCACCCAGAGGGAGCUGGUCUCGAGGCAAGUGAGCGAUGACCUUGUGGAAAGAGCCACGACAUUCGGCAUCAUCCUGGAUGACGUUUCAUUGACCCACCUGACCUUUGGGAAGGAGUUCCUGGAGGCCGUGGAGCUGAAGCAAGUGGCCCAGCAAGAAGCUGAGCGGGCCCGGUUCGAGGUGGAAAAGGCGGAGCAGCAGAAGAAAGCCAACAUCAUCACCGCCGAAGGAGACUCGAAGGCAGCAGAGCUCAUCGCUGAGGCCCUGGCGAUGGCGGGAGAGGGUCUCAUCGAAUUGCGGAAACUGGAAGCCGCUGAAGACAUUGCGUUCCAACUCUCACGGUCCCGCAAUGUCACCUACCUGCCAUCGGGACAGGCAGAGCUCCUCCGCCCACCCCAAUAA